UCGUAAAGAAGCCUGCCUUGCCGUGCCCGGCCGGUAGAGAGAUGCCUUGCCGUAGCUUCGCCCACUCGCCGCCUCUCCCACUCGCUCGACCGCAGGCCAAAAACGCCCUCGCCAACCUCCUCGCCGCUCAGCCCGAGGCGGGUAUCGCAAAGAAGAAGGACGUUGUCGCGUUCGAGCGGCUGCUGACGGAGGUGGCCAAGCGCGCCGCCGAGGCGGAUCAGGCACAGACGCUGCUCUCCGACAAGGUCUUCGACAACCUCUUCACCUACCUCUCCGACAACGUGACGCUGUGGGCGCCCUCGGAGAGCGCCAAGGCGCUCGAUCCGGACGAUGGCCUCCUCUACAGCACGCUCGACGUCCUCCUCAGCGCAUCGGACUCGCUGCCCGUCCCUCUGGCCGAGGCGUGUGUAGAGCAUCUGCACUCGCUGGCGCGCACCUCGCACGCCGCUCCGGACCGCCACGUCGGCGCUCGCUGCUCUCACCUCACGCCUCCCCCGUCGACACAGGUCGACAUCGUCAUGUCCACCGACCUGCACCCGGAGGCGCAGGAGCUGUCGGCCGACCUGAUCAACCAUGCCAUGCGCGAACAGACCAAGGCGUGCAAGGCCAAGUUCCACGCCGACGCGGGCGAAGACUCCUCGUGCGCCGCGCUGCUUCAGGGAGCGGAGGGGGUGCUGAUGCGCGCCGCCUCGCUCGGUCUGCAGCUUCGGCUCGUCGACCUUCUCGUCAGUCUUGGCAAGCGGGCGCGAGACGUCAUCGGUGGGCUCUUUGGCUCGCAGUUCGCCCUCGGCCACGGCCCUGAGUUUGUGCAGACCGCCUUCCGCUGUCUGAGCGCCUUCAACGCUGCUCACUCGACGGCGGUCACUCCCGUCACGGCGCGCAUCUCGUCAGCGUUCGGCUGCCGCAUCAAGGGCGCCAGCGGCGGGGCGUCGUGCGAGGUUUUCUUUGGCAAUCGAGGCGCGAUCGAAGUCUUGGCGCAGGAGGGAGGGCCACUCUUCGAGGCGCAGCAGGCGCAGCACGGCCCGCCCCUCAAGUUCCGCCUGAGCGGCGUGGCGUUCGAUCAGCCAGGCACGCUCACGCUGAAUGUGGACAUGGCCAAGGUGAGGGACCUGUUUGACGAUCGCGCCGCCAACGGCACACUGCGGCUCGUCCUCUCCGGGGCGGACGCGGAGCGCCUGCGGUCACGCGUGCUGCCGGUGCUCCCGGCCAAGCUGCUAACCGAAACUGCCGGUGGAGAGCCCAAGGCGAAGCCGCGGCAAUCGCUUCCGUCUCGCGCAAAGAAGGAC